UUGACCAGAAAAUGUGAAUAAACCUAUGGCAACACUUUCCUCUUGCAACAGCCAGUAGGUUCACAGGGCUGGUGCUGAUAACCUCCUGUGUACACUGGACUUUGACCAGAGAGUGUUUUAUGGCGUUCACUCAGGAACACACCUCGGCUGCUGCAGGCACCUGCUGUUUCAGACCUGGUUUCUCUGAUCUCUUCUGUCACGAUGUCCAUGCCUGUACAGGUAGAGCAGGUCUCUGAGAAGACCUACGGAGGAGUCGGAAGAUGCAAAUGUUCCUUCUGGUUCGCAGUCGUCCACGACAUACUGGGCAUCACCAUCAUGAUGGUGGGAGUGUUUGGAGGUCUGGUUAUACACGACUUGUUCAUCUACGCCGGUGCCAUCGUCAUUUUCCUCAGCCUGAUCUGGUGGGUCUUCUGGUACACGGGGAACAUUGACGUGCCCCCAGAGGAGCUGGAGGACGACGUGGGCAUUAAGAAGCUGAAAAACCGAGGACUGGGCCAAGUGGUUAGGCGUGUGUCCAGCCGCCUACGCAACUCUUUCCGGAAGAGCAGCAACAGACCUGCAAACACUCAAACAGAGGUGGCGAUGUCGAACAUUUGUGAGACCGCGGUACCGUCCAGAGAGACACUGCCUGUAUGAGAUGGUCCCGUUCUGCCACUGAGGGACUCUGAACUGUGGAUGUUUAUAUUUGUUUAAGUUGCUCAACUGUUUAUUCUGCAGACAGGAAUUCUGUUUGUUCUGCCAACACGCAAUAAUAAUGAUAAGACCGGAGUAAAGUCUUGGAUUCCAAAAUUUGAUCCACAUGUUCUUAUCUGACUGAUAAGAAGGAAACUUCUCGCCCUGUAAGGGAGUAGGACUAUGAAACUGUUAUACAUCACACAACUCUCUCAGUUCUUGCUUUGAUUUUGAAAUCUCCAGUUUGUUUGAUGCACAUUUUAUCGUUAUUUAUACCCUGUAUGUAAAAAAAAUUAAAUUCUUCAUCUACUUUUG